AUGAGUUUACGCAGACCGAGAGGAAACACUGCUUUACAAAAUGGCGCCACCAUAGAAGAGGAGAAGACUAAGAGUCUCGAUUUCACUCAUCGAGAAUCACCAUUGACAGUUCUCAUCGAACACUCGCUUCACAUAAGAGCAAUAUAUCACAUAUUCGUUGUCAUUCUACUGAUACUACUGUGUGACACCGUGAUAUAUGACCUCGUCGAGCGUGGAAAAAUAAAUAUUGGCGUGACGUCAGUCGUGUAUGGGUUCGGUGACAUCAGACGCGGCGCCAAGCUGUGGUUGUUUGAGCUAGCCGUCGCACUAGCUUUUUAUCCCGGCUUGAAAAUCUAUGUCGCGAUAUGGAAGAUUAUCAAAGAUUAUCCAGGUCUCUGCAGAGUCUGGUCUACAACUGCAAUAAUCGGUGUGAUAGCACUAGAAAUACUGCUAGUAGCCGUUCCAGUGUAUGACUUAGCUCAGACGCAUUUGGCACUGGGAUCUUCAGCCAUUGUCACCUGCGAAAUGUUUCGUUUCGUGAUGAAAAUUUGCGCGGUCGCUGUUGCUUGUGCCAAUCGAUGUAAUGACGGAGGCACAAAGCUACCCUCUUUUUCACAUUUUGUUUACUUCUUGUUCGCACCAACGCUCCUGUAUCGAGACGAGUACCCCAGAACACAAAGAAUAAGAUGGGGCGUGGUUGUGUUCCAUCUUUUAGAAGUUACUGCCAUUAUAUUUUACAACAGUUUUCUAUGGGAGCGCUUUAUAUUGCCGUAUUGGUCGGAUUAUGGGAAAGAACCAAAGGUGGAAGCCGGGACAGUUGUACGCGGAAUGUUUGCUUGUGUGCUGCCCGGUGUUAUAUCCUUCCUCUGUGGAUUUUAUUGCAUUCUACAUGCCUGGCACAAUGCAUUCGCAGAAAUGCUCAAGUUUGGAGAUCGUCUUUUUUAUGAAGAUUGGUGGACAACAUCUCGUUUUUCUCGCUACUACCGAGCCUGGAAUCUUAUUGUACAUUCUUGGUUACGCGAUUACAUUCAUCAUCCUUUAGCCCCAUACACAGGUCGCGCUGUGUCUACUUUUAUAGUAUUUCUAGUAUCGGCUGUUGCUCAUGAGGUAGUGUUGGCUCUCUCCUUUGGAUUCUUUUAUCCAGUGUUGAUGAUAGAGUUCGGAGGUUUUGGCCUUUUAAUGUUGCCUUUAACGGCUUCCAGUGGAUCUCGCUUUCCUAGCGUAUUUAACCUUUUAAUGUGGUUAUCAUUUUUUAUCGGAAACGGACUUUUGUGGAGCUUAUAUUCGAUGGAAUAUUUUGCAAGAAAAAAUUGCCCACCAUCUGAAACGGACAGCUUUUUUGUGCCAAAAUCAUGGUCUUGCCCAGAAGUAGUUCUAAAGCCAAAUUGGACGUUCCAAAAUCCAUUUGACAUUAUUUAUUAAAUUUUGUUUAAAUCUAAUCUACAUUUUAAUAUAAAUAUAAUCUUUAAACAUGAAUAAAUUACAGUUUUAAACGUAAGAAAUAUUAAAUAUAUAAUGAUUAUAUUAUGAAAGCUCAAACGAUAAGUUGUGACAUUAUUUAAUUAUAUUGAAAUAAAUGUUUCCUUUUUAAUGUGUAA